GAAACAGUCCCCAAGUCCAGCUGCAAGGGGGCAGGAUCUGCUGACCACAGGAGGCUGACUCGUAAGUGUUUGCUUUAAACCUUAACCUAUCUCCGUCUCACGCAUAGCCUUAAUCUAUCUGUGCCUUCCACAUGUACCAAUCUUAAUUAAGCUAGCUGAAUACGCCUCUUCUAAUUUUGGCAUAAAAGAUGCCGUAUCGCCACAGUAAAAGGAGGACAAUUUAACCGCACUGGUGUCUGUCGUUACUCUGGCUGCGAACUUUCACAGACAAGUGGCGCUCGGACAGGCUGGACUGGCUCGACAGUAAUCAAGGUAACGAUUCCAAAUCUUCGCGGAACACGAGGACGGGGACAGGUGAUGUGGGAGCAGAAGAAGGCAUUACGUGGCAAACGGCGUGCAAGAGAUGGAAUCUCAGAUCCAGAUUCAGACUUCUGCAAGGCAGGACUGGUUGCAAAUGGAAUUAGAAGGGUCAAUCAAGGACUGGUUGCAAAUUGAAGAAGUGGCAGUCCAGUGGCUAGCACAGCACUCUUCCUAAGAGAGAAAUCCCUGCUAGUCAGAAGAAACUGUAUGAGUUGAUUUUGCUGGACAAAGGAGUGAUUUUUUUGAUCCCUGAAGUUUAUGUGGCCUUUGAAGUGGUCACCUGGGAGAAGAAAGAGAUAAACCAGAGCUCCGAAGAGACUGUAAAACUUGCCUUUCUGUGGUGAUUAAUGUCUGACACCCUGAUGUCUAUGGAGGGUGAAUAAAAUUGCUGCCGCAAUUAGCAUUUACAACUUUCGCUCUCUGUGGGAACAGUGAGACCUCCGCUACAUAAGUCCCUUUAUCAACACUGCAACAUUGAAACAAAAGUAUAAAAGCAGAGGAAAGGAGAAAGAAGGAGCAAUCAAAACCAAACAUUCUUCCAUAAAUCCUCCUCGAGAUCGGCUGACAAGGAACCGGGCAUCAUCCCCUCCUCCAGUAACAACAGCUCCAAGGGAAAGCAGUCCUAGAUCCAGCCUUACCGUCCCCCACGCCUCAUAGCUCACCCCCAGAAGAUGAACCCCUCGGGCUGAGAGACGCACGGCUGAAAGAUCUUCUUGACAGACUCCAGAAGUUAGAAGCUUCAGAGAGUGCAGCUGACCUCAGAGGAACCUCUCGUGACUCUUUUACCUGCACUGCUGCAUUCCUGCCCUGGAAAUGCUGGGUCCCCUCCUUCCAGCGCUGAGAAGUAGCCUGUGCUGGGGUGUGGUCCUGAGACAAACCUGGAAAUGAAAAGGCAGCAGUGCAGGAAAUGAAAGCACAGCCAUGUCCUUAGCUGUGGUGCUUUGCAUUCAAGAUGAGCUUGUCCAGAAAUUGUUACCUCUGCCAAGGUGCCUCUGGUCCUGCGGCAACGAAGGGCAGGUAUAAAAGGCAGCCCAGGUCCUGCUCUCCCAUCCACUUCUCCUGCCUCCUUCUGCUUGGGAACCAGGUGAAUCUCCAGCCUCAAGACAUGUCCUGCUGCAAGCCUUGCCCACCCUGCCAGCCCUGUGGUCCUACCCCACUGGCCAACAGCUGCAAUGAGCCCUGUUGUGUGAGGUGCCAGGACUCCACCGUUGUCGUUGAGCCUCCUGCUGUGGUGGUGACCCUGCCUGGACCCAUCCUCAGCUCCUUCCCGCAGAACACUGCUGUGGGCUCCUCCACCUCUGCUGCUGUUGGCAGCAUCCUCAGCUGUGAUGGAGUGCCCAUCAACUCCGGGGGCUUUGACCUCUCCUGCAUUACCAACCGCUACUCGUGCAGGCCCUGCCGGCCCUGCUAGAGCUGCUGGUGACUAUGUGAGAUGAGGGCCCCUGUGCACUCUGAAUGUGAUGUUGGACAGAAGAUCAUACUCCGGGCCAUUGUUUUAGGAGCUGCUGGUCACCUCUGGCUUGUCCUUUAAGGGCAAGUUGAAAGAUGAUAUUUUUGGCUCUCUAUAAGCAUGGCCAAGGUCUACCUUUUGUCUUCCACUCAGCCUCGUUCUGUCUUUCUUUCAUUUCCUUGUGCUCCACUCAAAGCUGCCUUGAGGGCCUCUGGAAGCAGGCUGGAUGAACCCUCCAGCCUGUCUCUCUUUGUUGGGCACGUUAGUAAUGCCCUGUGGGAAGUCUGCCACAGGAAAAGGGAAACGGAUUCUUGGCUGCUUUUCUCCUCCCCUUGCUGGGCACCUCCACUUGGAGUGACCUCAUUUCUGUCUUCAGACUCAUUAAAAAUUGCUGCAACUCUG